CCAAGUUUUCACAGGCAGUCCCACACAACUCAGAGAGCGCCUUGGGAAUACAGCAGCGUUAUGAGGCAGCGGAAGAGAAACAGCAUUACCUUGUUGAGUGGAUCGGUGCUUUUACAAGUGGGGUCCGAAUAAAACAAACAUUUUAAUUACGAGAAGAAAACACAUUCGAUUGCUCUAAUACCUGGUCUGUUUUUUUCUAUUCCCCCCAAGAGGAUCAUUUCGUGUAUUGAAACAAACAGAACACAAUGUUUUGCAGAAAUCAAACCACGAGAGCCACUGUGGCCAGGGGAUCAGCCAUGGAAAUGGAAAUAAAGCGAGGAAGGUUCCGGGAGAGUAUUUUCUUCGACACGCUACAGGACAGCGAUAUCCAGAAGAAGAUCGACUAUGAGAUCCGCAUGCGGGACGGGGCGUGCAAGCUGCUGGCUGCCUGCUCGCAGAGGGAGCAGGCCCUGGAGGCUGCCAAGAGCCUGGUGACCUGCAACGCGCGCAUCAUGGCGUACAUGGCGGAGCUGCAGAAGAUGAAGGAGGCCCAGGUGAUGCAGAGGAUGGCCCGCAGACCCUCGGACUCUAGCCCCAUAGAUGACCGGCUGCCCUGCAAAGGGAAGGUUGCAAUCUCAGAUCUCCGAAUCCCUCUGAUGUGGAAGGACACGGAGUACUUUAAGAACAAAGGAGACCUGCACCGCUGCGCUGUCUUCUGUCUGCUGCAGGUGGGAGCUGAGAUCUACGACACAGACAUGGUGAUGGUGGACCGAACGCUUACAGAUAUCUGCUUUGAAAACGGCAUCGUCUUUAGUGAGGCGGGCCCUGGGUUUCAGUUGAAGCUCGACCUGUACAGCUGCUGCACGGAGGAGGAAUUCUCGAUGGGCAGCACACCCAAGAAGCUGGCGAGCAAGCUGAGCAGCUCCCUGGGGCGCUCGUCAGGGAAGAAGGUGCGGGCCACGCUGGACCCCGGGGGGAGCAGUCCGGUCAGCAAUGGGGGGGGCAGCCCUCUGCUCCUCCCUGCACCCACCGUGCCUGGUCCGAAGUACCACCUCCUCGCUCACACCACACUGACCCUCACCAGUGUCCAGGACAGCUUCCGAACGCAUGACCUCACCAUCUCCGGCAACGAGGAGAGCUCCUUCUGGCUGCCUCUCUAUGGCAGUGUGUGCUGUCGUCUGGCCGCCCAGCCCUUGUGUAUGACCCAGCAGAUGAUGGCCGGCUGCCUCAAGUUCAAGCAACAGGUGGGAGAUAAUCCAAACUGGACAAAGAUCUACGGCGUCUUGAAGGGAACAAACCUCUUCUGCUACAACCGAGCGGAGGACGUAGAGGCCAAAGUAGAGCCCGCCUUCACCAUCGCCAUCAACAAGGAGACGCGGAUCCGUGCAACGGACAAGGACCUCCAGAGCGGGGUGCAGAGCAUCUCCAUCACAAACCGGUACGGGGGCGAGGAGGUCAUGCACACCCUGGUGGCAGAGAAUCACGAUGACACCCAGCGAUGGAUGCAGGCCUUCUGGCAGCAGUUCUACGACAUGAGUCUGUGGAAGCAGUGCUGCGAUGACCUCAUGAAGAUUGAGAUGCCUUUGCCACGGAAACCCCCGGCAACGAUAUCCAAGCAGGGCUCCCUGUACCACGAGAUGGAAGCUGGAAGAAGAAACGAGAUCUGAAGAAGGAGCAAUAGAAACCGGUGCUUCCAGACCAUAAGUUGAUACAUGAUGUUCCUACCAGAUGGGGAUAAACUGCAUCAAUGGUCAUCAGAUUUACUGAGCAGCAGAAGGCAAUCUCUGCCACCCUGGCACAGGACCGCAAAAACUGGCAUUUAAUGCCAGAUGAUAGAUCAAUUACAGUCUUGGAAGAUAUAGCACAAGUGAUGGAAUCACUACUGGAGUUUACAGACUCUCUCAGUGGAGAAGAACAUGUAACCAUAUCUGUCUGCUUCUGCAGCACUUGCAUAGGGAUAUUCUGGACGUGAAUGCUGACCAAGACCGAGAAAUGGUUAAGCAGCUCAAGCGUACCAUAUCAGAGGACUUGCAGUCUCGGUACUCAGCUGAAGGAGUGAAAGCGUUUGUGAGCGUGUGCUCAUUUCUGGAUCCCCGUUUUAGACAGGAGCAUCUUGAAAAUAAGGCUGCUACUCUUGCAGCAGUUAAGCAGAAAGCUGUGGAAGUGGCCAAAGUGGCUUUUAAUGGAUCUGGUGGAUCUCGCCUGGCCCAGGGUGAGGAAGAGGCAGUCUCUUUGGAUCCUGGAGUUCAGGACAGCCGUAGUGAAAGCAGCACCCACACUUUGCUUACCUCAAGAAAAAAGGAAAACCAAGGAUGGCUUAACCUCACAUUUGAAACAGGCAGUCAAACUCAAGAAGAGAAAACCCCAGCUACCUGCAAGAAACCUGACUGUGUCAGAAACUGUUCAGCGUGAGAUUCUCGAUUAUUUCAGCUUACCUGAAAGUGAUAUCCAGGUUGAUCCACUAAACUGGUGGAAGAUGCAUAGCCAGUCAUUUCCACAUAUUCCCACUUUAGCUUGAUCUGUGUUCUCCAGCCACGAGCGCUCCGUCUGAAAGGCUGUCCAGUGGAUGUGGAUUGACAGUGACCCCGCAAUGUAAUCGACGUCAUUUUUGAAUCGCAAUUUAUAAUUUAUGGAAUUUCUUUUUUUUUUUUUUUUAGAAUAAGUAGCCUAUAUUUCAAAAGUUGAAAAGCUACCAAACAAACAAAUUUGGUUGUAUUCUUUUUGCUUUUUUGUAACAUUGUUUCAUAACUUUUAUUAAAGAUGCUGGUCUUUGAAAAUUGUCUAGUUGUAUUUCUUCUAAACUCGUAGAGGCAGUUGUCAUGUUGCUCAAGUAUAUAUAGCUUUAAAUUUGAUAAAUUCCAAGACCUUUUACGUAUGUUAUUUAUUCAGCCGAUAAUGAUGAUUAUCGUGAUAAUUUACAGCCAGUAAUCGAUAACUGAAAAUGUUAUUAUCGUCCAACCCUACUGUAAAGUUUAUGGAACCCAAACAAAAGGUAGGUACACAGCACUAUGUACUGAUACUGGUGCAGGAGUAAAUACAGCAGCACUAAAAUAAAUAUAUAUAUAUAAUCGGUAGAUUCAUCCAUGCACAUUUUUAAUAAAGGUAAUGAUAUAGUGGCUGUCCGGCAUAGUAAUACUAAAAAAUCAGUAGAAUCUAAAAAAAUAUAUAAGUACUGGUGAUGCUAAACAUACAGCUGUGCUUACAGAAAUGAGUGUUCCAGGGCUGAAAAGAUAGACGACAGCAUUUAGCUGUGACAUAUAGAACACAUCGAGAUGGGGCAUGGUUUUACAUUUGUUUGUAUGAUAAUUGCAUGUAUUGAUUCAUUAAUACAUCAGCAAUUGGAUGUAUAGCCUAAUACAAGAGAGAACAAUAAUACCGUACCUGGACACUAUUGUAUUGUUAAGAAGGAUUCGCAUCGGCAGCACAGUAGCUUUUCGAUUUGCUGUCCCUGUACAUUCAGUAACAGUAUACAGUAGUACUUUUCAGAAUAUAUUC